AUGAGUAUGGUUGGUUUAAAUUUAUUAGCCAAACUCAAUCGAAUCAUUUGCUUUGAAAAACAUGUCGAUCCACAAAUUCCAUUUGGUGGUAUAAAUGUUCUCUUUUUCGGUGAUUAUUUACAAUAUCGACCUGUGUAUGAUGCACCAUUACAUACUGAUUUUUCAUUGCCAUCGAAAAAGAGAUCGGGUAAAUUGCCCAAUGAAAAAGAAAUUCAACAACGUGUUGCACGUUCCUUAAUUCUUCAAAUUAACUGCGUCGUAAAACUUACCCAACAAAUGCGUACGGAAGACCCACAAUACCUUCAAUUACUUGAACGACUUCGUCGUGGACAAUGUAAUUACGACGAUUAUGAAUUAUUAUUGACACAAGUUAUUGGACAACCAUCCGUAGGCUCUCUAAAUGAUUCACCUUGGAACAAAGCUCCGAUUCUUGUGUUUCGAAACGAAGUUCAAACGCAAUUGAACAAUAAAGCAGACACAUGCAAAGGCAAACCAAUUGAAGAUCCAGCACUCAUUAGAAAAUUGUUAGAAUUAUCCGAUAGCAAAACGGAGCAUUUACCGGGUCUUUUACCUUUGGUUCCUGGAAUGCCUGUCAUUUUAACACAAAAUAUUGCUAUCGAACUAGGUCUUAUUAAUGGAAUGAAUGGAAUCUUUCGACAACUUGUUUAUGAAGAAGAUUCUAUGUCAACAGAAGUUCUUUCUGAAACAUUUCCAAAUAACACAAAAUACAUUCACCGUCCUUUAUAUGCAUUGGUUGAAAUUAGCAGAUCAAACAUCGAAUGCAGUCUUGAACAACUCCAACCAAAUCUCGUUCCAAUACCUUUAAUUGAACAAACCUUCCGCAUUAACAUUGCCGAUGUAAUACCAAAAGAUAAGAAACUGAAAUCAAAUCAGAAGGCAAUUCUAUCAAUUAAGUGA